AUGAGUAAUGCAAUUGAUGAAUUAUGGAGAAGGUUUAAAUCACUAGAUGUUGUUGGAAAAAGAGCAUUGAAAAGUAGGGUUUGUGAAAUUGCAUAUCCCACAACAACUUCAUUGUGUCCACCACAUGAGAAAAUAAAAACUAAAGGCGGAGUGAAGAGGAAAGGGAAGAAACCAGUUGGGUAUGAUGUUUAUAGGGAUCCUUCAGGUUUUGAGUAUGACGAUCAGGCAUCUCAAUCUUCACAAAAACAAUCGCAAGCAUCACAAACUUCCAGGAAGCAAUCACAGUCAAAGAAGCACUCACAAUCAAAGAACCAGGAUUUCACUCUUCAGUUUCCUUGUCAUAUUAGGCCAUAUAUUACCAAGAUUGUUAAUGUUGAAGCAAAUGGUAAUUGUGGAUUUAGAGUCAUUGCAUCGUUUCAUGGGUAUAGUGAGGAUGGUUGGGCAAUGGUUCGUCGUGACUUGGACAUGGAAUUAAGAGAAAAGAAGGACUUAUAUGAGAGAUUGUUCGGUCCAAUUUUAUUCGAAGUGAGAAAUGGAUUGUUGAUAGAUAAUGUUGGUUUUCAACCACUCGAGAAAUGGUUGUCACUACCAGAGAUGGACUAUUUGAUAGAGAAUCGAUAUAACGUCAUUCUUGUGCAUUUAGGUAACCCUUGCUUGACUUCUUUUCCCAUGACAACAACAUUUUCUCCAAGUGCUCCUACAUAUUGCAUUGGCCUUCUCAACAAGAAUCAUUGGAUUCGGGUUAAUAUGAAAGAAGGCUUCCCACUGCCACCCGUCACGUUAGAUUGGAUGAAGUUUCGUUAUCAAGCGGUGACAUCUUGGAUGUUAGGUUUUGCUGGACGUCUUCAACAUUGGCACCAUGUUACGCCUAUGUUACUAUCAAGUGUUAAUUUAGAUUAA